AUGGAAGUAUUUGGGGACAAGAGUUCAUUGAUUGCAGCCCUAGAAAAUGGGGACUACUCACCCACAGGUCCCUAUGGAUCCAUUUUGUCAUGGAAUGUGCAGGCAGUUGAUAACUUUGAUUCCUUGAUCUCUGGUCUGUCUCAUGUGGCAACAUUUAAUGGGGAUGUCAGCAUGUGGGAUGUUAGUGGAGUAACUUCCAUGCACUCAGUCUUCAAGGGUGCUGCUGCUUUCAAUGUGCCACUGAACAAUUGGGUGGUAUCUAGUGUGAAGAGCUUGUAUCUUGCCUUUGAUGGUGCCAGUGCCUUCAACAGCGAUUUGAAUUCUUGGGAUACAAGCAGUGUCACAACUCUCGCAGGUCCCUUCAGGUAUGCAACAUCCUUCAAUGGUGACAUAAGCACCUGGGAUACAAGCGGAGUUAUAAGCCUUCUCAAUUUGUGUCAAGGGUGCAGCUCUUUCAACCGAGAUGUUAGUUCAUGGGAUACAAGCAGUGUCACAAAUUUCCAGGGAAUUUUUGCGGACUGCACUGUAUUUAAGUGGUUGGGGUAA